CCGGGAGUAUCGUUUGUUUUUAUUGACAAAGUUGGAAAAUCUUUUUUUCACGAGGUAAAAUAUUCCAGACGCCAGGCUGUCGCUAUAAUCGUUGAUAAUCCUUAUUUAUUUAAUCACAAUUUCGCAGCAUGAUCGAGAUACGCGAUAUCGCGAGUUCGAAUAUUGUGCAACGAGAGUCUCGUAGGAGCGGGAUCGGUGUCAGAGAAUGGCGCCCACCUAGCGAUAUGGAGCUUUGGGACACUCGGCGAGCGAGAGAACGCACCGUGUUCCGCAGAUCGCGCGACUUCUCAUGCCCGUGGGUCACUCAAGUUCAUUGGCUCUUUUUCACCGACGCUCUCUCGCCUCCUCUCGUCUCUUUAUCUCUGCCUCCAACUCCUUUGUACACGUAUAUAUACGCUAUUUUUGAUCGGUGCACUCUUGAAAAUUGCCUCGUAUCUGUUUCACAUCCUGAAGACAACGUUUUCAUCGCUUUGCCACGCAUAUGGGUCGAAGCAACGCGAGACGAACGACCGUGGAUACCGAAGAACAUCAUUGUUUACCGAGGAGUUGCCGACGCAGUAUCAUCUUCUAGCACCAUGAAAUCUUUUUCCCGUUGCAAGUCAAUGGCAGGAUUAUUGCUUCUAUGUCUCGUCGCGAUUCACGUUUCGCUGGCCAACGAAGAUGAUGAAUAUCAUUGGGGGAACGUAAAGGAGCUUUCCGAUCCGGAGGACACAUCUGAAUGGACUUCCGAAGAACUUGCAGUACGGGAAGCGGAAAUUGCUGCAUAUUCCGAUGCUUAUUGAAAAAACUUUGUCCGGGAAUAACCACAUUAAAGCAAGCUCAUUCAAUUAAAACGAUGUAUUUUAAAAAAUUUUAAUAUUACAAAAGAAAAUUAGAUUGUGAAAGGAGUAAUGAGAGCAGCAAAAUAUUACACAGCAUUCAAUAAAAUCCAUACGUAAAAGUGUA